AUGGACGGGGCAGCCGAGCUGCUCUUCUACGUGAACGGCCGCAAGGUGAUAGAAAAAAAUGUUGAUCCUGAAACAAUGCUGUUACCAUAUCUGAGAAAGAAGCUUCGACUCACAGGAACUAAGUAUGGCUGUGGAGGGGGAGGCUGUGGUGCCUGCACAGUGAUGAUAUCACGAUAUAACCCUGUUACCAAGAAGAUAAGACAUUACCCAGCCAACGCCUGUCUGAUGCCCAUCUGUUCUGUGUACGGCGCUGCCAUCACCACAGUGGAAGGCAUAGGCAGCACCAGGACCAGGAUUCACCCCGUUCAGGAGAGGAUCGCCAGGUGCCACGGCACACAGUGUGGCUUCUGCACCCCUGGGAUGGUGAUGUCCAUGUAUGCGCUGCUGAGGAACCACCCAGAUCCCACCCUGGACCAGUUAACUGAUGCCUUGGGUGGUAACCUGUGCCGUUGCACUGGAUACAGGCCCAUCGUUGAUGCAUGCAAGACCUUCUGUAAUACUUCUGGCUGCUGCCAAAGUAAGGAGAAUGGGGUUUGCUGUUUGAAUCAAGGGAUAAACGGAUUCCCAGAACCUGAGGAAGGAAAUAAGGCAAGUUCAAAACUCUUCUCAGAAGAGGAGUUUCUGCCACUGGAUCCAACUCAGGAAUUGAUUUUUCCUCCUGAGCUAAUGAUCCUGGCUGAGAAACAACCACCAACGACCAGAGUUUUUGCUGGCGAGAGGAUGACGUGGAUUUCCCCGGUGACCCUGAAGGAACUUCUGGAGGCUAAAGCCAAGUACCCCCAGGCCCCUGUCGUCAUGGGGAACACCUCUACGGGGCCCGAAGUGAAGUUUAAAGGUGUCUUCCAUCCCAUUAUCAUUUCUCCCGAUAGAAUUGAAGAGCUGAAUGUUGUAAACUAUGCAAAUAAUGGGCUGACCUUAGGUGCCGGCCUCAGCCUGGCUCAGGUGAAGGACACGCUGGCCGCUGCGGUGCAGAAGCUCCCAGAGGAGCGGACGCAGACGCUCCGCGCCCUCCUGAAGCAGCUGGGAACGCUGGCCGGGGCCCAGAUCCGGAACGUGGCUUCCUUAGGAGGCCACAUCGUGAGCAGGCAUUUGGAUUCUGACCUGAAUCCCCUCCUGGCUGUGGGCGGCUGCACCCUCAACCUGCUAUCGAAAGAAGGGGCAAGACAGAUUCCUUUAAACGAGCAGUUUCUGAGGAAGUGCCCGAGUGCGGACCUCAAGUCUGAAGAGAUCUUGGUCUCAGUGAGCAUCCCCUACUCCAGGAAGUGGGAAUUUGUGUCAGCCUUCCGACAAGCCCAGCGGCAACAGAACGCUCUCGCGAUAGUCAACUCUGGGAUGAGAGUCUUUUUUGGAGAAGGGGACGGCAUCAUCAGGGAGUUGUCCAUCUCAUAUGGAGGCGUCGGCCCAACCACCAUCUGUGCACAGAAUUCCUGCCGGAAACUCAUUGGAAGGCCUUGGAAUGAAGAGAUGCUGGACGCAGCUUGUAGGCUGAUCCUGGAUGAAGUCUCCCUCCCAGGCUCAGCUCCGGGCGGGAAGGUGGAGUUCAAGAGGACUCUCAUCAUCAGCUUCCUCUUCAAGUUCUACCUGGAAGUGUCACAGCUUUUAAGGAGAAUGGACCCUGUUCACUAUCCUUGCCUUGCAGACAAGCAUGAGAGUGCCCUAGAAGACCUUCAUUCUAGGCCUUGCCAGAGUGCACUGAAGUACCAGGAGGUAGACCCAAAGCAGCCUCCUCAAGACCCAAUCGGCCAUCCCAUCAUGCACCAAUCUGGUAUUAAGCAUGCCACGGGCGAAGCCAUCUACCUUGAUGACAUGCCUGCCGUGGACAGGGAACUUUUCUUGGCUUUUGUAACAAGUUCAAGAGCUCAUGCUAAGAUUGUGUCCAUUGAUCUGUCGGAAGCCCUCAGCCUGCCAGGUGUGGUGGACGUCCUAACCGAGGAGCACUUUCAAGGCGUGAACUCCUUCUGCUUUCUGGGCCAACCUGAGAAACUGCUGGACUCAGAGACGGUGUUUUGUGUGGGUCAGCUUAUCUGUGCCGUGAUUGCGGAUUCUGAGAUUCAGGCAAGGAGAGCUGCGAAGCGAGUGAAGAUUGUCUACCAGGAUUUGGAGCCAGUGAUCUUUACCAUUGAGGAAGCUAUACAACACAAGUCGUUCUUUGAGCCAGAAAGGAAACUGGAAUAUGGAAAUGUCGAUGAAGCUUUUAAAGUGGUUGAUCACAUUGUUGAAGGUGAAAUACAUUUGGGAGGUCAAGAACAUUUUUAUAUGGAAACCCAAAGCAUGCUUGUUGUUCCCAAAGGAGAGGAUCAAGAAAUGGAUGUCUACGUGUCCACACAAUAUCCCAAAGGCAUACAGGACAUUGUUGCUUCGGUCUUGAAGCUCCCGGUGAACAAGGUCAUGUGUCAUGUGAAGCGUGUUGGCGGAGCAUUCGGGGGGAAGGCGUUUAAGACUGGGGUCUUGGCAGCCAUCACCGCAUUUGCAGCCAACAAACAUGGCCGUGCCGUCCGCUGCGUCCUGGAGCGGGGAGAAGACAUGUUAAUAACGGCAGGCCGCCACCCUUACCUUGGGAAGUACAAAGCGGGGUUCACGAAGGACGGCAGGAUCCUGGCCCUGGACAUGGAGCACUAUAGCAAUGGAGGCGCCACCCUGGACGAGUCACUACUUGUGGUGGAAAUGGGACUCCUGAAGCUGGAUAAUGCUUACAAGUUCCCCAACCUGCGCUGCCGAGGGUGGGCGUGCAGAACCAACCUGCCAUCCAACACGGCCUUGCGUGGGUUCGGCUUCCCGCAGGCAGGGCUGAUCACCGAAGCCUGCAUCACGGAUGUGGCAGCCAAGUGUGGCUUGUCCCCUGAGGAGGUCCGAACAAUAAACAUGUACAAGGAAAUUGAUCAAACACACUACAAACAAGAGAUUAAUGCCAAAGUCCUGAUCCAGUGUUGGAAAGAAUGUAUGGCUAUGUCUUCCUACUCCCUGAGGAAAGCGGCUGUGGACAAAUUCAACUCGGAGAAUUCCUGGAAGAAGAAGGGGCUGGCCAUGGUCCCUGUGAAGUUUCCUGUUGGCCUUUGCUCCAAGGCUGCUGGUCAGGCUGCUGCCCUGGUCCACAUUUAUCUGGAUGGGUCUGUGAUGGUGACUCACGGAGGAAUUGAAAUGGGGCAGGGGGUCCACACGAAAAUGAUUCAGGUGGCCAGUCGUGAGUUAAGGAUGCCACUGUCCAAUAUCCACCUGCGUGGGACCAGCACGGAAACCAUCCCCAAUACGAAUAUCUCCGGGGGCUCCGUUACAGCAGAUCUCAACGGGAUGGCAGUAAAGGAUGCCUGCCAAACUCUCCUAAAGCGCCUGGAGCCCAUCAUCAGCAAGAAUCCUCGAGGCACUUGGAGGGACUGGGCGCAGGCGGCUUUCAACCAAAGCAUCAGCCUCUCGGCCACCGGAUACUUCAGGGGUUACGAAUCUGACAUCAACUGGGAGACAGGCGAAGGCCAUCCCUUCGAAUACUUCGUUUAUGGAGCCGCCUGCUCCGAGGUUGAAAUAGACUGCCUGACAGGCGCUUAUAAGAACAUCAGGACAGACAUCGUCAUGGAUGUUGGCUGCAGUAUAAAUCCUGCCAUUGACAUAGGCCAGAUUGAAGGUGCAUUUAUUCAAGGCAUGGGACUCUACACAAUCGAGGAACUGAAUUAUUCUCCUCAGGGUGUCCUGUACACUCGUGGUCCAGACCAAUACAAAAUCCCCACCAUCUGUGACAUCCCCGCAGAGUUUCACGUUUCUUUUUUGCCUCCAUCUCAAUACUCAAAUACCCUGUAUUCAUCUAAGGGCCUGGGAGAGUCUGGCAUCUUCCUGGGCUGCUCAGUGUUCUUCGCCAUCCAUGACGCAGUGAGUGCAGCGCGACAGGAGAGAGGCCUGCGUGAACCACUGAGGCUCAAUAGCCCACUGACCCCAGAGAAGAUUCGAAUGGCCUGUGAAGAUAAGUUCACAAAAAUGAUUCCAAGAGACAAACCUGGAUCCUAUGUUCCUUGGAAUAUACCCAUAUGA